AUGUACAAUUGCGUUGAAUUUGUUGAAGAACACAAUCAUGAACUUCACUUGCCAUCUACUAGUCAUAUAAUGAAGUCACAAAUGAGUGUUUAUGAAUUUCAUGCAUUUGAAAUUGAUCUGGUAGAUGACUCUGGUAUUAGACCUAAGGACAUGUUUGAGUACAUGAGUAGGCAUGCAGGUGGCAAACAGAGUAUUGGGCACCUGAAGGAAGAUCAAAAUAAUUAUCUUCGAACUAAGCGUCAACGAGACCUUUGUUAUGGUGAAGCCGGGAGUUUGCUAUUGUAUUUUGAAAAUCAAGUUAGGAUAAAUCCAUCAUUUACUUAUUCAUUGCAAUUGAAUAAUGAUGAGCAGAUAACUAACAUAUUUUGGGCCGAUCCAAAGAUGAGAAUUUAUUAUACACAAUUUGGUGAUGUUGUUAGCUUUGAUACAAUAUUUUCUACGAACAAAGAGUCUAGACCUUUUAGGAUAUUUGCUGGAUUCAAUCAUCAUAGGGGAAUCGUCAUAUUUGGGGUUGCACUUUUGUAUAAUGAGACGGCUGAUUCAUUCAAAUGGUUGUUUGAGGUUUUUCUAGAAGCUCAUGGACAAAAGAAGUCAAUCACUAUUUUCACAGAUCAAGAUGUUGUAAUUGGGAAGGCUUUGACUGAGGUGUUACCUAAGAGAUGGCACGGCUUGUGUACAUGGCACCUAAUGCAAAAUGGCAUAAAGCAUAUGGGCUACAUGAUGAAAGAUGGCUCAAAAUUUUUAGUAGACUUUAAGAAGUGUAUGUUUCAUUACGAUGAUGAAUCACAUUUUGAAAUUGCGUGGGAUAAACUAAGGAGUGAUCAUAAGGUUGAAGAUAGUUCAUAG